ACCACCUGAGCGUGCCCCUCCGUCGCCGGCCGCCACCGCCGUCGCUGCUCUCCGUCCGCGCGGUGUGACGACCCCUCGGUGACCUGUGGGGUGCCAGCUCGGCGUGAGCGUGACCCGCCGGCGUCUCUCCGACGGUGACGUGACCCUGGCGUCUGCCGCGUCGCCCGGCGCGACCCGAACCUGACCUGGUGUGAUCCGUAGCGCGGCGGGCGACCUCUGAGCGAGUCUCGAGCGGCGGGUAGGCAGGCCCGACGGGUCCGAGUGUUGGGAGCGGGCGCCAGAGGUGGACGCCCGUCUGCGGCGCUGUGCCGGACUGCGGGCGGCGGCGAGGGAGCGUCGGCGCUCGGCGCUGCUGGAGGAGCGUGGGACUUGCUCGAGUGCCUCUCCGACCUCAGUCCGUACGACUGACGGGGCCGCCGACGCCAUGUCUGGCCCGCUGCUGUGGCUGCUGCUGCUGGCGAAGAUCUCGUUGGCGAUGGCAGAAGGACAAGACUAUGAAGUGGCCGACAUCAGCUGUAGCUUCGUCGGCAACGGCGGCGAGACGGACCGGCUGUCUGCGAGGCUACGCAAGCCGGCCGGCUUCCGCGGCUACCCGCUGUUCGCCGACGACCGGCAGCUGGACCCACGGCUCGACUCCAGCUGUCAGAUCGUGCCCGACCCCACCGACCCCGACCAGCUCAUCUACAACAUGCUCGUCACCGACUUCAAGCGCUGCGGGGUGCUUAAGCGCAAUGGGUUCGUGAACGUGCGGCUGUGGUUCCCGCAGCUGCCGGGUGUGGUGAUGAUGUCCGACCAGGAGGUGAUCAUCAUGUGCAAGCCCACAGCGCCCACCGUCGUCGAGAAGAGGGCGGCUGCCUUCGCCGGCAGGGUGCCGACCGGGGCGCGCGUGUCGGGCAUCGUGGAGGAGUCCCCGGGCCGGCUGGAGUACGAGGUCGGCCUGUACCGCGAGCGCGGCGUCAACAGCGGCUCGUUCACGGUGCCGGUGGACGAGCCGGUGCCGAUCGGCACGCGGCUCCAGCUCGUCACCAGAAUCAGCACCGAGGCCGUGUGGAAAUACGCAGAACUUCUGGAGGUGACGGUUUCGAACAGCCAGUCUGAUCCAUACUCUCCAGGAUAUGUGACUUUGGUGAAGGACAGCUGCCGAAAUCCGGAGCUGACUUCGAUCGUGCUGACGCAGCCGUACCAGACGGCCGACCAGCCGCACCAGGUGCUGCUCACGCUCGAGGCGUUUUUGCUGGGCCACGGCGAGGACCAGCAAGACUCCACCCAGCUCUGGCUGCAUACCAAGGUGCUGGCCUGCACUCAGCGGCAGGACUGCAAGCCGGACUUCUGUCUGGACCUUUUCCAGCCCUCUGGGCACGGUCGGCGCCGCAGGUCGACCAGAGAGCUGUCACCUGGCGGCCAGAGGGCCGGCAGCAACCUCACCAGCUUUGGCGACAACAUCGGCAUCAAGGUGGUCAUGCCGGAAGAGUUCUACGUCACCGCCAGCCGGAUGCAGUCGUCGUGCUCGUCCUUCGCCGUGCUGAUCUCGCUGAUGGGCUGCUUUCUGGCCAUCUCGUGCGGCCUGCUCUGCUUCCUGGCCGUGCGCCUGCAGCGCGCGCUGGCCACGCAGAAGCGCGAGUCGCUAGAUGACGUCAUCGUGCGUCACAUGCGCCGCUUCGAGCUGGAGCGCGACCGCGUGCGCAAGCUGCACCACGAGAACCUGAGCAACCCGGACUACGCCACCGACUCGAGCACCAUCUCGGCCGUCUCCGGGGAGUACUAGCCGACCGGUGGAACCGGACGGCGCAAGGAGCAAAGUGUGAGCCUGAGGAGACCGCGCAACGACGCUGAAUAGGUGGCCUCACGUGGACCGAACAUUUGUGCUGUACCUGCAAGCGACUGCUGAUCGCCUGUGUCGGGUCCCCAUCGUGCAGGCGGUGUGAGCCGUCUGACUAAGACCAGAAGUGUUACACGGCGCGGACAUGCGUGAGUGAGGAACGGGUCUGGUAGCUCCGUGGGUCACGGCGACACCAGUGUGAGUCCCGAUCAACUGAGGCGCAUCUGAAGAGUGCGCGACUGUAGCAGUGCGCGCAAAGUCCGACGGAGGAGCGUCGCAGUUAAGUGGACUAAGCGAAAGCAAAUAUCACAGCGUAUCAUCGACGUCAAGCGCGCAGCCUGACGGCCCCGGAGUCGCCCGAGCCUGCGCUCUGCAGAAGUGUGCGACAGCGGUGCUCGGGAGACCCCGCGCGGCUCGCGACCGAGCGGCGACGGGGGCCGCUCGUCGGCCA